GGAGCUGAAGAGAAAGAACCAUGAAUUUAACAAAAGCGUCUGGUUCAGUCCUUCAAAAAUGUUAAAUACAUUUUUUCUCUGAUUGGGCAGUUUUGUGAUCAUUCUAAUUGUCCAAUGUCGUUAAAGAUGAUCUGUGUAAUCAUCAUCUAUGGACGUUUGAUAUUUGUAUUUGUACCUGCUGACAUGAGGAAACAUCACGUUUAAUCAGAGGGUGGGGCUUCAUCAACCACUUCAUCCCUUCCCUUCCCCGAUUGGCCGAUCCUUGAGUCGGUAUAGACGGUGGGCCGAUUUAAGUAGAUUAUGAUGUGAAGGGCUGAGAGGAAGUGUGUGUGUCACACUGUGGUCACCACAGCGAUGGCUUCUCCGUGGAAAUGCCUGUGCAUGCUCCUCCUGCAUCUGCAGCCGUCCUCCUGCCUCCAUCUCCCGGCUGCUGACAGCUUUGUUUCACCUGUUGAUGGUGGAAGGCUGAGUGCACUGAUGGAGGACGACGCUCUGCAUCAUAUCUGGUCCUCAUCUGUGUUGCCGAGGAAACUGCUUCAGAUGAGUGGAGCUGCAGCCCCCCUCUCCCCGCUGAAGAUCUUCUCCAACGGGGAGCCGUGUGUUCUGUUCCAGGCCCGGAAACUGUCUCUGCGCUAUGAGAAGCACAAACAGCUGGACCUGACGGAACGAGCCUUUUCUUCGCAGAAACCAGUAGACGUCAGCCGGUCUGUGUGCCGCCAGGACAAAGCCACGCUGGUGAUGGCGUUUGGAGAUGUGGAGGGUCUGAGAGACCUCUCCAUCAGGUUGCAGCUCUCCAACACUUUCUACGAGUCUUCGGGUCAGUGGUGGUUCUCGGUGGACAGCGUCCUGCUCAUCUACAACUCCUCAGAGGAAGCUUUGUUUAACGCCAGCGAUGUGUACGCUCCGGCGUCCUCCUCGUACCGAUGCCCCCAUGUCAGCAGCCUGCAGCGAUACAGCGGCCUGCUGCUACCCAGCACUGACCACGCUCGCCGCUGGUCCAUCACCUUCAUCGACUUCCAGAUCCAGGCGUUCAACGUCAGCUCUGGGAGAUUUUCCCCAGCGAGCGACUGCACCACCAUCCUGACACCAGCCAUUCUGAUGGGCCUCAUCAGCUCCCUGAUCCUGCUGCUGGUGCUGGCAUACGCCCUACACAUGGUCAUUCACCUGAAACACAUCGAGCACGACGACAAUCACAAGGCGGACAUGUACUUUCCCCAAAGCACGGAACAGCUGGAGCACUGCUGUGACGAGAACACGACUGAGAAGAAUGCCAUUUAAAUGGAACAGAACGAAAUACUCCACUAUCUUGAUGUUUCUGGUCUGAUGUUCUUCCAGCUCAGGAUCUUGUUGUUUUUUAUUUAAAAAAAAAAAAAGAAUAUAUUUCUAGUCUUUUGUAAUCUGUCAACAUCAGUUUCUUUACAACAUCCCAAAUAAUAUCACUAAAUAAAAAUAAAAUAUUUGAAAAACGUG